UCCUAGUUACGCCAUUCUCAAAUACACAAACAAUAAUCCAAAUAGCCUUAAAACCCAAAUCUACUCAAUGGGGAGCAUGAAGAAGCAAUGGCAUCAAUUUGUUUGUGCUUUAUCAUUUUUCUUGAUUGCAUCUUGCACAAUGGCAUAUACAACCGAUUCCUAUAAAUCACCAGUUCCAACAUAUAACAAAGUACCAAGCCUAGUACCAGUUUCAAAAGACAAUUACGAAACGCCACAAGUGUUCAAGAACGAUUACAAGGUACCCUCAGUGCCUAAACAGGAAUACAAGGCACAAUCUUUGCCAAAGGAUAACUACUACACGAAGCCAUCAGUUCCAAAAGAUAACUACAAGAAGGUGACAUCUGUUCCAAAAGAUAACUACUACAAGGCACCCUCAGUGCCUAAGCCAGAAUACAAGGUGCCAUCUUUGCGAAAGAAUGACUACUAUACGAAACCAUCUGUUCCAGAAUAUAACUACAAGAAGGUGCCAUCUGUUCUAAAAGAUAAUUACUACAAGGCACCCACAGUGUCAAAGCCGGAAUACAAGGCACCAUCUUUGCCAAAGAAUGACUACAACGAGAAACCAUCAGCUCCAAAAGAUAACUAUUAUAAGGCACCCUCAACGCCUAAACAGGAAUACAAGGUGCCAUCUGUACCAAAGAAUGAUUACUACAAAAAGCCAUCAGUUCCAAAGAAUAACUACAAGGUGCCAUCUGUUCCAAAGGAUAACUACUAUAAGGUACCCUCAGUGCCUAAACCGGAAUAUCAAAUGCCAUCUGUACCAAAGAAUGACUACUACAAAAAAUCAUCAGUUCCAAAGAAUGACUACUACAAAAAAUCAUCAGUUCCAAAGAAUGACUAUUAUAAAAAGCCAUCAGUUCCAAAAACUGACUAUUACAAGGUAACCUCAAUACCUAAACAAGAAUACAAAGUGCCAACUUUACCAAAAAAUGACUACUACAAGAAACCUUCAGUUUCUCCUCCACCGCCGUACUACUAUAAUUCACCCCCUCCCCCUUCACCAUCACCACCACCUCCUUACUCUUACCAAUCAUCUUCAACUCCUUCUCCAUCACCACCUCCUCCAUAUUAUUAAAUUUCCAUAUGUUCAACAUGUUUGGAGAAGGCCAUUUUGCCAACACAACAUAAUCUCAAAGGUCUUGAGUUGAAGGCAUGAUAUCAAAAAAAAAAAUUAAUUCUUAAUUUGUUAUUUCUUUCUUGUCAUUAUUCGAGUGGCAAUUGUUUUGUCAUUUAAAUUGUAUUUUGAAUGUUAGUUUCCAGAGAAUUGUUUCAGUUGAAUACAAGUUCCUUUUAUUGAUCUA